AUGAAAGUGCUGCUACUGCAUGUGUGUGUUUUGUCACUUCUAGGAAACCUAGUAGCCUCUUUGGUGGCCCUGGACGAAUUGAAGAAAAGACACGCGGAUGUACAAUCGCUAUUUUCCGCCCAGGGUCCCAAUUCGGAUGUGCUUCAGGAAUUCGAUAGACUUGCUCGAGACAUUGAUUUGGCACUAGUGGAGGAGACGACCUUGGCCAACGAGGUCAAGACCCUUCUUCCCCAGAUCCUUUUCAAGAAAGCCAUCAUUGAAAUCAAUUUGAACAAGGAUGCGUCCGCCAUACUGGAUCUUGAAAAAUUAUUGCAAAUAGACCCUUCAAUGGUGCCGGCCAGAAACAAGCUCAUUGAUUUGUUGAUCAGCAAGGGCGACUUUGAUAAACUCGCCACCUUCAUUGAAGAAAGCAAGGACGAUUUGAAGGAAAUUCAAGGCGUGAUUCUGCUAUACCAACGCCAUUGGAACGAGGCAAACUCCUUGUUCAAAAAGGACGAUUUCGAAGGAUGCAUAAACGAGCUAAACGAGAUUGCAAGUGUGAGCUCGUCCAAUUACGAUUUGUACAAGCUCUAUUUGGAGGCGGUAUUGCAGAUCUACAAAACAGCGGAGCCGGCAAAGGAAGUCCAGUUUUUGGAUGAACAGCUCGCCUUGAGCAAGUUGGCGAUCAAGUUAAUGUCCAAUCUCAUCAAGAUUCAGCCGUUGAAGAACCUCGAGUUGUACGUUGUGCUAUCCAAGUUUUAUUUAUUCACCGAGGUGGACUUUGACCAGGCCCACAAGACGGUCAAAAACUGUCUUCGGAUAGACAAUGAGUUUAAGCAAUGCGGUGACUUGUCCAAGUUUUUCUCCAAGUUCCAAGAACCGUUAAAGACAUUAGAGACGUAUUCGAUUUUGGAUGGCCAUUUGUACAAGGAGCUGGAAAAUAAGGAACUGAGCAAGCUCGACAAGGAAGAUUUUGACAAUUUCAAAAUCGACUUUAAGCAAGUGAACCAAUUCUUGUUUGACGAUAACGUCAAGAUUUCCAAGCUGGAGUUGCGAAAGUUGGGCAACAAGAAAAAAUUCGCCAACAAUGACGAGUACUUGAGAAGCAAGGCACAAGAGUUUUGCAACUUGUAUUCUCCCCAGCUUGAAGACUCGUUGCCCUUUACCUCGGCAUUGACAAGGCUUGGAUGCGAGUCUUUUAUUCAAAUUGGCGAGUUUGCCGGGUCGACCGCGGCAUGUAAGAAAGUGAAAACCGGUCACUUUUUGCCUAAAAGGAUACCCAAAAUAGAUAGGCUUUUGAGGCAGAAGAAGUUUAAGGAAGCCGAGCAGGAACUUUCAGGGUUCAACAGCAACGUCCAGUUGACGUCCUUGUUUGAGGAACGGGCGUCCAAAAUAGAGCAUCAUAGAAGAUUACAACAGCAGCAGCAGCAGCAACAGCAGCAACAGCAGCAACGCCAAUACCAAUACCAACAGCAGCGACAACAACAACAACAACAGCAGCAGCAGCAGCAGCAGCAGCAAUUUCGCCAGCCAAACAGGAAACCGGUAAAUGACUACUACAAAACUCUAGACAUCGCCCGCGAUGCAGACGAGAAAACCAUCCGCAAGGCCUAUAGAACGCAAACGCUCAAGUAUCACCCGGACAAGUACAAGGGCAAGGACCUCACGCCGGACCAAAUUGAACACAAGAUGCAAGACAUCAACAAGGCGUACGAGAUCCUAUCUGAUCCGGAGUUGCGACAACGAUAUGAUCGUGGAGACGAUCCUAAUGAUCCGAUGAACUCGGGACAGAGUCAACCGCAAUGGCAGCAGCUGAGAGGAACUUCGAACUCGCAUGGCCAGCAACGGUACACGUUCAACUUUGGAGGCGGAGGCGGAGGCAAUGGCGGCGGCCAUGAAUUUUUCCAGCAGUUUUUCGGCGGUGGAGGACCAGGCGGAAUGGGCGGUAUGGGCGACAUGGGUGGUGGAAGAGGCAAUCCGUUUGGAACGCAUCACAAGGUUAAAGUCAAGAAGAAUGCAAAGAAAAAGAGAUCUUAG